AUGCCGCUGGGAAUAAACCUGUUUGGCAAGGGCCACACGCAGGAGGCCCAGCAGGAAUCUGCCAAAGAAAUGGUUCGACAAUGGCAGAGAAAUCUACGCUCUGAAGCUCGAGGUUUGGACAGAAGCAUCAGGAAAAUCGAGCAGGAGGAAGACAAGAUUCGGAAAGAUAUCCAGGCCAUGGCAAAGCAAGGGGGCGACCCCAAGAGCAUUCAAAUGCUUGCAAAGUCCCUCAUUAGAUCGAACAAGGCGAAGGAUCGCUUGUACACCUCUAGAUCGAUCAUGCAGUCUGCGGUGGCAGAGCUAGAAACGACUGCAGCGACGAUGCGGCUGUCAGACUCCAUGGGUAAGUCGGCAGAGGUCAUGAAGCAAAUGAACUCCCUCGUAAGGAUUCCCGAGAUGGAGGAAUCGAUCAGCUCAAUGAGGCGGGAGAUGAUGCGGGCAGGCCUCAUCGACGAGUUGAUCGACGAAGGCAUGGAAGAGAUGGACGGGCCGGAUCUCGAGGUUGAGGCCGAAGCAGAGGUGGACAAAGUGCUGGACGAUCUGGCCAUCGACGCCUCUGUGCGCAUGGCAAUCUCCAAGCCGCAGGCAGCGGCAGCUCCAGCAGCUGCAACUGCGGCCACGGUGCCAGGCGCCCAGCUGGUGGUGCGGACAGUUAAAGCAUGGCCAUGCAGGAUCCAUCAGAUCAAAGAAGUGUUGUGGGCUUCGAGCAAUCACUGCCGCACCUUAUCCAGGAUCAGUUUCGGCCGCAGCAGCAGUAUGAAAUAUGCGCUAUAG